AUGCAGAUGCAGUUGCAGGCACGGCCAGCAGCCAUGGAGGAGGUGGAGCUUGACAGGAGACCCAGGCCUGUCUCUGGCCGCCGCCCCCGCGUCAACGGCGGUCGACGCCGCCCGCGCGGAUGGAUGGGGGACUUCAAGGUGCUCCCGGUGGUCUCCCGCGCCUCGUACCCACCCGCCGCGCCCAAGCCCAACCUCCCAAACCCGACCACGGAUGACUUCCCUGGCCAUGUUUUCGAUGAGCCUCAGCCUACUGGGGUACCUGAGAUCGAUGCCGAGGUUCGAAGAAUUACGACUCUGCUCAACUUGCUGGCCAAGACCCGGCUUGUUCUCAUUGCAAGAGCCGACGUGCUGACAACCAGCAGCGCGUACCGGAAGAAAACAAAGGCUAUAUGGGGAGAGCAUGAUCGUUUGCUCGCUAUGGUGGAGAAUUUAUGUCAGAAGUGCCAAGACGACUUUGGAUACCAAGCUCCGAUUGUGCCGGUCAACUUCUACUCCAAGUUCUGAUUGGUGUUCUCUGCAUGUGAAGUUCUGGUAAAAUCUUCAGCAGAAGGAAGGUCUGGCAGUUCCUUUGGCAAUGUAUUCAAUCUCACCGCUUGUUAGUUAGUGGAGCUAGACCCCUCGUCAAGUGCAGUCUUGACAGUUCCACGUAUAUCUGUUAUUUCGUAACUAAACGAUAGCUGAGUGACACGUGCGUAUCGAACUAUUGUUCUAGUAGCCAUGCAGACUGUUAAUACCCAAACUUCCUUCCAA